UGUAUUCAGACGUCUUUCAUACAGUGUGUCGAUUUGACUAGCCGAAUAAGGUUCUAUUUUCUGAUUUUACUGAAAAAAAAUGAACAUGAAAAAAAAUAAAGACGACGAACGCAAGGAUAAGGAACCUGGCUUGUCAAAGAACCUCAUGAAACCGGGGCGAAAUGAAAUCGAGCAAAUCGCUAACAAGCUUAAAGACAUCAAAGAGCAGAAGUCGCACUUCAACGAAAUCGCAAGCAGCCUGGAAAAUCUGGUGACGCCUGUUAAUUCGAAAAAUAUGACGAAGAACACCAGUGAUACGGAUUCGAAAGCAAGUCAGGUCACUAAAGACGGAGAGAGGCCGGCGAAGACGAACUACGUCCUGGAUGAUGAGAGGCCUUCGACAAGUGCUGCAGCCAGGCUCAAUAACGCCAGGAUCAUGAUGUCCACAAAGGAUGAAAGCAUGGAUGAGUUGGUAUACGUCGAUUCCGAAGCGAACGUUUUUGUCAUGCAACCGGAUGACAAUCAUGAGUUCUACACCGAAAAUCCACCGACUUCCGAGGAGGAGCCGAACCUUGCCAUGCGGGAGAUAGUUAUCGACGAUGGGGAACUCAUCAUCCUAACCGGCGGAAAUGGCGAAAUGGUGUACUACCCCGAAGACACCGUCGCCAUCGAUAUCAGCGAUUCCCGUGUUUUCGUCGUGGAUGCACGGGACAAUGAAGUUUGCUUAAUGGAGGCAGCAGGGGAUCGCGAAAAUUCGGAUUCGAAUAACAUAAUCGAGUACUUGCCGGAGGACUCCCGAGUUCCUGAAGAGGAGGGAUGUCAAGCAUUGGAAAAUGAGGAGUCUUCAAAACCGGACGAGAGGCUGGAAGCGCCUGUUGAACCGCAAAAUCCCGAUGAGAACCAGGAAUUGGUUGGGCAACCGAAUUCUGGAGAGACUCAAGAAGUGGAGAUCGACAAACUGGUUCAGUCGCCAAGCCAUAAAAUAGAUGUAUUUUCUACUUAAGAAAUAUUUCUUAUAUUUUUAAUAUUUUAUUAUUCUUUUGUAAAUGUAUAGUUGUUGAAAAACAUACAUUUGCUAUUGAAACUUAACAAAUGCGG